GCACAGAAUCAAACGGCGAUCACACUCUCUUAUGUAAAGCGAAGACGACAAGAGCUCGCUCGGUGGACCGUUAGAUUUUUUCAUAUAUAUGGAACCUUAAAAACCAAAAAAAAAAAAAAAUUUGAAGAAAUCAAAAUCUAUAUUGUCUCAUCAAACCCUUUCUUUUAUCAUUUCCGUUUUUUAUACAAUUCGCCUAUACCCGCCCGCCGCGCCUAAAAUAUAUAAGAGCAAAUUAGUGUGACACAAAAUCAUAUGAAGAAAAAGUGAGAGAAGUUUAUAAUUAUGGUGAUGUUUUCAAAAAUACUCUAAUAAGAGAGAAUACAAUCAAAGGCAAAAAGCAAUUAUGUCAAAAACAAGUUAUUCAAAAAUUAAAAUUUAUAUUUAACUUAAAAUCAGUUAAACAAAGAUAAUAAUAAACAGCAAACAAACACAACCUCCCUUGAAAGUGUCUUCUCUUUCUCCUUUAGUUAAUAAGAUACCCCCACUAGCCACAUUAAAAAAUGGCAACUAGUGCAGCUGUCACAAUCACAGCGGUCUACGGAUCCAACGGCCAGUCACUGCCGGUGACUGGUAACAGUCUGGGGCCAGGAUAUUCGGCCACUGUUAAACAAGAACGUCACGAUGAGGCUGAAAUUGCGGAACUCGCUGCAAAAAUGCUCGAAACACAAAAAGCUGCCAUGGCCAAGCAGCAGCAAACAGCCCAAAUGCAAAAUCGUAGCAUCCCUGGCAAUCAACAGCCUACAAUGCCCAAUGGUCAGGCAAACAUACUAAACUAUCUGACUCGGGCCAAAGGCACAACACCAACACCCACAAGCAAUGGCCAGUCGAAUGGCAGCAAAACAAAUGGUUCAGCGACGGGUUCGGAUGGCGAAAAGAAGCCAUGCGACGAGGAAUCCCAAAAAGGCCAUUUCGGUUGGUCGACCUUUGGCAAGACUUACAUACCAUACAUUUACCGGCAAACAGAAAAAUACUGUGCCGUUCGAAUGGUAGAAUUCAAAUUGUUAGGGAAAUAUUUGAAUUGUUUGCAUCCGGACAUUUAUAGUAGUUGUACUUGUGUCCGGAGUUACUACAUCACAGAGGCAGAAAGUCGCCUCUUUAACGAGAUUAAUCACAAACAUUGCGACGCCGAAUUCGGUCGUGAUUUGUUUACUCUCAAAGACUUGGUGGUGCGAUUGAGUGAUGCCACCAAGUUCUUUCAGUUCCUUGAUAUUUGCUAUCGCAAAUUGAUCUCUGGCAGCAAAACGCCAUCGGAAAAAUGCGGUUUCAUUCGAAUCAAUAAGGAAUCAGUGGUGCCGUACACUGUGAGGAAUAAUGAACAAGUUGUUCCAUUAUUUUAUUUCGAGGGCGAAACAGAGAACCUCAAACAAAAGGCUGAUUAUCUGUCCGGCUGGGAUUUGGCAUAUUUGAAAUUUUGCUGCAAAGUGCAGGGAAUUCGAAAUGAGUUAUUUUCUAGCGAAUCGGUGGCUGUGAUAAGUUUAACUGAUAUCAAAAGUUACUUCCCCAAUGGAACGGAAUUUGAGGAUUAUUGGCCGAGCAAGGUGGUGGAUUCGAAUUUGUUGCUGGGACCGCAGAGGUCGGGACCGAAUAAUUCGGUUAAUUGGACGCGGCAGCCGACAGCGCCACCGCCAAAGAUUAAUCCACCAGCGGCAGUUAGUAAUAAGUCGCAACAACAGCAGCAACAACAACAGCAACAGCAGUCACAACAAAUGGCUGCUAAAAGGGGAGCUGCAUACCAGAUGGCGGCAAAUUCGGCAGCAAAUGCGCAAAGGUUACAUGCUGCGACGUUGGCGGCUGCCUCUCAAGCGACAGUUCAGGCACUCAAUGGCGCGUGGAUGGCACAACCGCAAAACUCUCUGUCGAUGAUACAAGCACAAAUGUUGGCUUCACAGGCUCAGCAGCAAAAUCAUCCAGCGGUAAGGCCGAAUUAUCGUGGUCCAGCAGAAAAUCUUAUGCGCCAGCAACAAUAUACAUACAAUAAUGGAUCAAUAUCAAUGCAACCAGUGAAUAAUCAUGGACAAGGCAAUGCACCACCGCCUUUGGUUCGAGCUGGAGGACAAUCUGCAUCCCACCAAAUGUCGAAUUGUACUAGUGUCGAGCAAUCAAUGCAGCAACAACGUGCCAAUAUCAUUAAUCACCACCCAUCACCACAACCAAUCCGUUUACAACAUCCCUCAAAUUACCACAACCAUCACCCACCUCCUUAUCCCCAAUCAGUAGCUGCAGCAGCAUCUUCUGCAGCUGAAGCUGUUUCAAUGCCACUGCAGCUGAAUAAUGCAUCCCCCAACAUCAUCCAUUCCCCCUAUCACAUCCCAGAUCCCAAAAAUACAGUCCCCGCCCCUCAAAUUCAGUCGCCGAAUUAUAGCGCUACAAUUGCUCCAGAUUUCCAGAACUUGGCAAUCUGGAAUCAGUUGAAUGACGCUCAAAAAAACCUUCUCACAAAUCAAUUGAAAGUCAAUCAUACGGCGAAUAACAAUUCGCCGCUAUGUGCGAACAAAAAUUCCAACAAACAAAAUAACUUUUCAAAACCUUCCAUUCCGCCAUUGAUUCCAAUGGCAGCUUUAGAAAGUAACAGACCACCACAGGUGGCUGCGAAAAAAUCUGCCGAAUCUAUUGCGGAUCUCGAACGAAAGUUCAAAAUGACCGAAGAAAUGAAAGCAGUUGUUCAAAAGGUCUUGGCCAAUCCAGAUUUGUCGACUUUCAUUCAGACAAAUAGUUCCAAUUCGUUUGUGCCUUUUAUUUCGCCGCCAAUUUCACCGGCAACCGGCAAUCCGCCGCCGCCACCUCCUUCGAAUAACAUUAACCAACAUCAGAACCUGCCAAUUUUUCAAAACUAUUCACCCAAUAUGCCUGUGGUGGGUGUGGCACCGCGUCAAAAGAGCGUGAUUUGUUCGACUAGUACUAUUCCAUCCUGCACAACCACCCCGUCUCCAUCUCCAACACGAACUCCAAACAACAAUACUGCCAUGGAAGUAAUUGAUUUGUCUUCCACUCGAAGGUCGUCGUUGCAAGCUGCCACUGCCUAUCUGCAACAACAGCAACAAGUCGCUGCCCAGCAACAUCACCAACGCACCCAACAACAACAGCAACAACAACAGCAGCAAAACGGAAGAUCCGGCCAGGCUAAUGGAGGUGGAAAUUCAGCAACAAUGCACCUGCAAAGGCACGCAGCCGCAGUACAACAGGGAGCUGUAGUGGGCAUUGAUCCGUCAAAUCGAUUGCAUAUAAUUCCGGAAAUCGCAUCCGGCAAUGUACACAUCCCACCUUACAAGGUCCAAAAGGUCUAUGUUGACAAUCAGACAGUUCCUUGCAUUAAUAUGCAAGCAUACACAGAUUCAGAUCAGCUCAUGACCCUAACAGACUUCCGAGAGUCGUUUUUCCCGAAUGUGCCACUGGAACACUGCAAGCGAUUAAUUGAAGCUCUCGGCGUUGAACUUUAUAAAGGCAAUAGACGACAAAUCCAAGUACUCCUCGAAUCAGGACGAUCACAAUCCGAAAACAUUCCAUUGGUCAAGGUUCGCGACGUCAAGAAAUACAUGCCACAAUUGACGUUCAUGAUUCGAAAUCAGGAGCAACCACACUCGAAAAGACCUCGAGUAAGCUAGGAAACGGGGUGGGGAGCACAACAUACACAUUCAAACUACCAACACCCCACCAUGGAUAUGUUGUACUCCCAGAGCCAGUCAGUAUCUGCAUCUAAACCAACCUCCAUAUCCGCUGUAUCCGAAGCAACUGCUGCUUCUGUCGCUGCCGUCGCCGCCAUGGCUCCAUACAACGGCUCGACCAUGUUAAGUCCCCCGCUGAGCACCACGUGCACCAAUCCGUUCAGCUCAUUCGAUUGGCUAUCGGCAGUAACACCACCCACAGUCGAUAGCAGCUCUGGCAAUGGAAGUAGCCUAGCUGAACAGAGAGCCGCCGCAGCAGCUGCAGCCGCUGCUGCCGCCUACAAUUCCUGUAGAUUUGGCCAACAUCCGGCGCCAUCGGCCACCGAUUUUCUUUCCAUGUUUAGCAGCACCUGUGGAGCAGCAGCUGGUGGCAGCUCUGCCACCAGUGGUUUUAAUGCAGAAACGACUCCCAUGUCAUCAUCAUCACAUCACCAGCACCGUCAAAAUCCUCUAAUAAGUCAUCAUCAUCGUCACGCGUCGAGGUCACAAAGUUCCGGUUCGGCCGACUCGUCAACGAUUUCCUCGGCAAUUGUGUCCUCAUCGUCUUCAUCGUCAUCGCUCUCGUUGACGCCAGUUUCCAUGACCUCAUCACCGGCCGUUCCAUCGCCACACAAAGUUAACGGAGUCGCCCUAUUCAAUCCGCCGGGAUAUCACCUGCAGGCACCAGGUCAUGGCUUGCCAUCGCCCACAAUUUACCCGCCAACUCCACCGCCAUCCGCACCAUGGAUCCAUCCCUGGUAUACUGGUGACACAUUUUGAAAAGUACGUUCGAAUUACAUAAGAUCUUAUUCUCUCAUUCUCGUUGUU